AUUCCUCAGAAAACAUCAUUGCCAGCCUACCAUGACUCACACUAGAGAUCCAAAGCCGGCACCACUUACUAUUGCCGAAGACGAGCUUCUAGCUGAUAAGGAAGACCUGGCUGCCGAGAUCUCCUAUGAGCAAUACAGCCAUGACCCAAUUGAGCGGACUUUUGAUAUUACUUUGGGAGGGAGCAUCUUCCAGGAUAUUGGUUCUGUUCUUACCAAAGCUGGCAGGGCAAUAUUUUUCCCCAAUGUUUUGCAGCAUCGUGUUUCGCAAUUCAAACUUGCCGAUCCUACCAAACCCGGUCAUAGAAAGAUCCUCGCGUUGUUCCUGGUCGACCCGGCGAUACCCAUCAUCAGCACUUCCAAUGUACCGCCCCAGCAGAAGCAUUGGUGGGCUACUCAUGCCGGGUUGAGCUCCGAGCAUGGGGUGAUGCCACCUGAGUUGAUUGAGAAGGUGGUUGAUUACGUUGACUGGCCAAUUGACCUGGAAGACGCCAAAAAGGUGCGCAUGGAUCUGAUGAAGGAGCGGACAUCAUUUAAAGCAGGGGAGGAAUCGAGAUUCGAGAGGAUGAAAUGGAGUUUCUGCGAGCAUUAAUUGUUAUUAGGAAACAUGUUGUCUUCUUUUUGCCCGAGAGUAGGGUAGGCUUUUUAUGACUUGCUUAUGCUAGCAUAACGGUUGCACCUUGGCCACUUUAAUUAUGCAUAAAGCUUGCAUAAAAUAAGCUCAAAGAGUUAAGAGUAAAAUUGAAAAAAAAGCCACGGA